AUGCCUUCUUUCACCCAACAAAAGCCAUCUUCUUCAACUCGUUACAACAUUCGAUCUAACACCUUACCAGUUCGAUCACAUCCCACAACACAAAGAGUGGAACAAGAGUUGACCAAGCUCAACCUCAUCAGAUCCAAUGAGCUCUCAUCAUCAUCAUCAUCAUCACUAUGCAACUCACUCUCUGGUCUCAAAGGCUUGUACGGACAACUAGAAGAUUUGCUUAGCUUACAGCUGACUCGCCAGGCUCUAGCUCAGCACCAACACCGGAAGUGGGUUCAUGAGUUGGUGGACGACUCGCUCGGCUACUUGGACAUCUGCUACAACACGAAAGAUGUCGUUUCGAUGCUCAAACAAAGCGUCAGAGACCUCCAAUCAGCCAUACGACGAGCCAAGGUGUUGGAAGAGAACUCAACGACGACGAGUACUGUGGUUGAAACCAGUGCGAAAGGGUACUUAGCCUUGAGAAAAAAGAUGAAGAAAGCUAAUUACAUUGGGCAAAUGGAGACCAAAAAUGGUGGAUUCCCACUCAAUCUAGAUACCCAUUUGAGCGCUGUGGUUAGAGUUGUGAGAGAGACGAGUUUGGUGACCAGUUCCAUCAUGGGGUCACUUUGUUUGUUCUUGUCCACACCUCUGUGGAAGCCAAAGCCGAGUAGGUGGUCACUGGUGUCGAUCAUGGCUCAGAAAGGGAACCAUAGUAAUCAGGAGAAUAAUAGUCAUUUGAAUGAGUUGGAAGGAGUGGACAUGGCAGUGAGGGGUUUGUUGAGUAGUGAAAAUGAGGGUUUUGAAGAUGAUGAUGACGAUGAUGAUGAGAAGAAGAUUGAAGAAGCACAGAAAAAGUUGGAGGCUUUAGAAGCUGCCAUGGAAGAGCUUGAAAAUGGAUUAGAAGGGUUGUUUAGGCUGUUUCUCCAUAACAGAGUGUGCCUACUAAAUGUUCUUUCUCAAUAG